AAUGAAAUUGUCCGCGUUCCCUAUUUAAGAGCCAUGCUUCGAGGCCGUGCUCAGAGAACCUCGGCCCCGAGGUCCCCCAGCCGCCCAGCUCAGCCCGCCCAGCAGCCCCCUCGGCUUCCCCAUGGCUCUCCUGCGCCCUCUGCUGACCGCCCUGGCGCUGCUCACCUGCCGCCCUGGAGGCUCUCUGGGCUGUGCCCUGCCUGGGAGCCACGCGCAGGUUAGCAGGGACAACUUGGUGCUCCUGGGCCAGAUGCGGAGACUGUCCCCUUUCUUGUGCCUGCGGGCCAGAAAAGACUUCCGCUUCCCCCGGGAGAUGCUGGAGGGCGGCCAGCUCCGGGAGGCCCAGGCCGCCGCCGCCGUCCUGCGGGAGCUGCUCCAGCAGACCUUCAACCUGUUGCACACGGAGCGCUCCUCGGCGGCCUGGAGCCCCGCGCCGCUGCACCGACUCCGCUCUGGCCUCCACCUGCAGCUGGAAGCCCUGGACGCCUGCUUGGUGCAGGCCACGGGCGAGGGAGAGCGCGCCCCGGGGAUGCACGGCCCUGCCCUGGCCAUCAAGAGGUACUUCCAGGACAUCCGCGUCUACCUGGAGGACCAGGGAUACAGUGACUGCGCCUGGGAAAUUGUCAGGCUGGAAAUCAUGAGAGCCUUGUCCUCCUCGGCGACCUUGCAAGACAGCUUAGCCAUCAAGGAUGGAGACCUGGGGUCACCUUGAAGUGAUUCUCAAUGACUCACGUGCCACAUCACCCUGCACUAUGUCUGCUCACCUCAAGAGACUCUCACUGCAGCCUUCAUUACAGAAUUUAUUGACUUUAAUUCCACAAAUAUUUUGUGAGUAGUAUUAAGCAAGAAUAUGUAAAA